AUGUGGGUUGAUUUGCGUGGAGAUGGCGCUCCUGGAGAUGAGCUGCUUCCUCCUCCAAUAAGAAGGGAGAAGUCGAUUCACAGACUAGGCAGCGAGACCAACAUUUGCACUGGUUCUUUUGGUAUUGUUCAUUGUGUUGAUUGGAAUGGCUCUGAUGUUGCAGUGACAAUUCUUUUAGAACAAGAUUUUCAUCUAGAGAAUCUCUAUGAAAAAACAAGAAGGAAGGUGAAACGACAGCUGUCUCCUUAUCCAUUUCCAGGCCUUCAUCAAAUUAUAAUAAUAGGAUGCAACAAGCAAUUGGACCUCAAAAAGGUAUCAAGACACUGA